UAAAUGAUUUCCCAUUAAUCAUAUAGUAAAUAUCUAUAACUGUCUUUUGUCAAACUGAACCGAAGCAAUAUAACUGAAUGUAUUACGAAUUGAGAAUGAAACAAAAUAAUUUAAUUAUUAUCCAAUUCUGCAGUACAUGCUACAAUGAUUUAUAUUCGUUUAAUUUGGCUGUAUUAAUUAAUAAUAUUUUUCAAAUGGUUUCAAACAUGUUUGAUAGCUUUAAUCAAAAAUUUACCACCUUGUGCUUUAGUAAAGACAGUUAUAAAGAUUAAACAACAAAUAUCACAUUUUAUACAAAGUUUUUUUUAUUGUACUCCACAAUUAUUACAAAUUUAAGUACCUAUGAUUUCUUAUAGUUUUUGCAUUUUUUUGUCAAGCAGUAAGCAAGAGCUGCAGUCCUGAGUUGCAUACAGUCAAAUAAUCCACAUACCACUUAUUUUGCUUUCAUUUUUUUUAUAAUUUCACAUAAUGUAAAUUCACAUUUUACAAUAGUUAAUGUACAGAUUGAAUGUCCUACUGAAAACAUGAUACAGAACUGACUGGAAAUGCAAGUUUAUAAAAGUUCAAAUAAAAUGUAAUUUCUUAAAUUAGAACUGCCUUUUUUUUAAUCAAAAUGAUAAUUUCUUACAUUUUCUGUUGUAACAUUUAUCAGUGAAUAUUUCAUUUUCAGAGUGCAUGUUGAAUAUUGAGAAGCUCACAUGAAGAGUAAGAAACAAUACUAUUAUUUCUUCCUGACAAUGAUACAAAAAAGUAAAAUAAAAACAUAGUAAUUUUUUCGUUUGAUUAUUAAUCCUUUGCAGUUGUAUGUCUGCUUUCAACCAUAAACUUUUUUAAGCUAAAUACAAAUAUACAGGGUUAAAUCUGCCAAUUAUUAUUGUCAUCAUUUAAAAUACGUUUAAAUUGUUUAGGUGACAUGGAUUAAUCAUUCUUGUCUGAAAUAAUGCAUACUAUUCAAUUUUAUGACGGUUGUAACUAAAAGUAUAAAUUAAAUACAUGACCUUUAAGUUGAGGCUUGCCCAAACUAUGUAUAUUCAUGUUUUGAACUUCAGUGUAUAGUUUUUGUUUGACCUUACCUUACGUUUGUCCAGUGUUUGGUUUAAAUAUCUUAUCGAUUCUAAGUGAAAUUAGUCGACCAGUCUAUAGUAUUAUGAAGUCGCAGGAAACUCUGUCGGUUAUUUUAUGAUUUAUGUAUAAAAGUUUGUCAAGUCAAAACUGUAAAGUCUGUUUGCAAACUUGAUGUGUAAAAUAAAGCUGGAUUAAUUCCCUUUUUACAUUCUGAAAACGUUCUGUAAUACUUUAUUCGGAUAUUAAUUUCUUGUAUGGAUUAAAGAAAAUUAAAUUUAGCAAAGAUAUUUACGAGUGAUCUAGAAAAUGUUUAAGUCUCAGGAGUCAAUGAGUUAUGCGGUGGGUGGUGCAGCAAUGGGCGUCACAGGUAGCAAAAGUCGGUAUAAUGGUUGGAAAAUACCUUUCGUCAUCGACAUCAGUAAAACCAACAAAUGUUCAGAUGCAGUACCUUCAAAAUCCAAUGCACUUGCAGGGGCAUUGUCAUCUUCAUUGUUGUCGGUCAAAAAGUAUGCCGAGACAUGGGUUUCACGAACAAUAUGAGAACGGAAACAUUUACCACUCAUCUUCAUCCAAAACGUAUACACCGGAGAAAUUCAUCAGUGAUAGACAGUCUCGGAAGCAUUAUAAUAUAUUGGAUAAGGAUAAGAAUGGAUUGCAUCGAUCAUCUAGUGCAAACACAAUAUUCAACAGCAGCAAUGCAAUAGAAGAAAGUGGAAGAACAUCAUCACAAAAUGGAGGUCGGUGUAAUAAAAUAUGUCACCGAUUUGUCCCACCAGAGACAGAAUGUACUAAAUUGUCAUCAAUAGUAUCUUUGGAGAAAGAAACAAAAGAAAACAGUUGCAUAAAUGCAUAUAAUUCAAAUAAAAAGGAUACGAACCGUUUAGAGAAAUUUGUGAAAGACACAGAGAAGAAUCAUUUGAAUAAACAGCAGAUAAAUAAUUCCAACGUAACAAAUAUUUACGACACAAGCAAAGAUAAGAGUAAUCAAUCAAUGAAAUCGUCAAAGGAAGCAGAGAUUAAUAGUAAACAAGAAACCUCAAUAGAAGCUCAAAAAUAUACAAGUUCAAACAAAAGACAUAUUGUUUUUCCAAAUAAAAAUAAAAAUAAGGAAUCAGACCUUUCUGAGAAAAGUUUGUCACGCUCUGAUGUAGGCAUUAAUACUGAUAGAGAACAGGCCUCAUCUGGAAUUGUAAGUGAUAAAACAAAAAAUCUGGAUAAAUGCAAAAGACUUCACUCAGCUCCGACAAACAGUUUCUCAACUAUUCAGAAUUUAAAAGAUAACAAGACUUGUACUUUUAUUAAAUCUAGUCGAAUAAUAAGUUCAUCUAACAAAAAUUCUUCUGCUGUAGACUUGGAGGAUGAUAUGUCUAUUAGAUCUUUUUCACCAGCUAGUUCAUCGACAAAGAGAGAAAAAAAAAGUGUUCCUUUGAUUCAUUCAGAUAGUAUAAUUAACAAUAAACCAAAGGGUAGAAUUUGUACAGCAGAAAAUUCAGAAAGAAAUUUAACGGAAGGAAAAACAUGUACAAAGUCCUCCAGUCGGUCAUCUGGAGCUAAUAAAAAGUGCAGUACAUAUUCAGGAGAAAGGUCUAAGCGACAAACCAAAAAUAACAGUGACUGCGAAAGCUCUUCUAUGUUAUUUCAUUCUGAUGGUCUGUUUCCUUUUUGUGAUGGAACGGAAGACUCAAAAAUUAUUACCGAUACAGGGAACUUGGCUACCAUGAAUACAACAACGUUUGACUUCCCUAUUGAGUUUACUGAAAUAGAAGAUGAAUUUCUUUUACAAUAAUAACUAUUAUAAUUUAGUUUGAUAAGUACUGUUAGGCUACACAUUUAGUUUGCUCAAAAUAAAGUAAUAACUUCCUCUGUUUCCUAUAAACUAGUAAUUUUUAUUUCUUGAUAUCAAUUUCAUAAUGUAUUGGAAAUUACGUUUUAUUUAAUAAACCGCAUUAUACGCAACAGC